UAGUGAAUAUAUUUAAAAGUUUAACGAGCGUCUUGUCUAGCUUGUGACCAUAUUGCAAGCCACAAAAUAUCCCCCUGGGGUAUGUAGGGGGUAUGUUCUGUGUUGCAAGCUUUUGAAAUCAAUUUCGGGCUCUUGUGGAUAACCUAACAUUUUGUUGUUUUGUCAACUUUUUGUAUUUGAAUUGUUGAAAAGGCAAGAGUAAAGUAACACAAAGCUGUUUCCCGGUGUUCGGUGUUUUGCCAGGCACCUCAAAUUGGUUAAAUUCGAAUACUAGUGCUAUUUCGUUAGAAUAAUAUACAUAAUGGAGAUAGAAAUGGAAAUUAUUGUGCACACUUUAAGGGAGCAUGCAAAGGACAGCUCUAAGGGCCCUCGGGAAUGUGUGAGACUCUUAUCUAUUCUAAAUUCUCGCCUAACAGAAGAACAACUAAAUUAUAAUAUAGAUUUGCUUAUGGUUCACAUAUGCCACGCAUCCGAUGGUAUAUUAAAAUUUGUUUUGGAAGUAUUGUCCGAUUCAAAAUUCGAUGGUGCUUCCGUUGUUUCACUCGAGAUACUUUAUACAUUAAUUAAUAAUUUCCCUACCAAUAUCAAAGAGUAUAUUACUGAUCUUAAUGAUGAUAUUUUAAAAAUUCUGAACAUCAAAGGAUCGGCAAAAGUCAAAACCAAAGCGCUGGAUGUUCUUAUAUUAGGUUUUGAAAAAGUUUCACCAGAAGCGCAAAAUCUUGAAAGAUAUUCAGCUUGUUUUCGUAACAUUCACAACUGUUUGAUUCGAGACAUUCACCCACCCUCAGUUCGGCAAAAGGAAUUUGUCGCUGUAGGAAUGUUCGUCAAAAUGUUUGAGGCUUUGGUCCCAGAACCUUGUAACAUUAUUUGUUAUUACAUUACACAGUUAGAUGCGCAAAUGGUCAACCGUCCAUCACAGUCAAUUCUGUAUGGAAUAUUUACGGGGCUUGAUCAUUUUUGUCAUAAAGAAUUUUUGAGCCUAGAACGACCGGAACAUAGAGAGCUUAUAAACAAAGUAUAUGAACAUAUACAAAAUUUGUCUGCGACAAACGACGAUAGAAGACAUGGAAACAGGGCUGCAAUUGCGUAUUUCGGGAAUAACAUGCAUUUAUUUAAGUACUUGAUCAUAAAAAAAUAUAAACAGUGGCACAAGAGACUGUUAGAACAGUGGGUGAGAAAAAGCGGCGAUGAUAAGAAAGUGGGUGAAAUUGCACUUCAAUCACUUUUAAAUACUAUUGCUACUACUUUGGAAGAAUAUCCGAAAACUGAAUGUUUAUCAGUUAUAAAACAUUUUCUUGGUUGGUUCAAAUUAAUCAUGAGCAAUACUCAGUCCACAUACACCGAGAAAAAACUGUGCAUCCAAGGUUUGAAAUAUUUCAGUUCUCCUUUGCAUAAACAUGAUAUGAAGGAGGAUGCAAAGAAAAUGUUUUCAAUGGUCUGGCAAAACUUUGAAGAACUGUAUAUUUUCAGUGGGGGCAUUAGCUUAGAAGAAAGUGAAGAAAGUAAUUGUUUGCCUUAUUAUAUUCAGUGUUUAGCUGGUUUUAUGAGAUUUCAACAUUUUUCUCACAAUGAAUUGAGCUACCUUCAAAAGGCUAUAGUAAUUAUGAUUAAAACAUUUAAUACCUUGAAGCCUAUUGAACAUAAAACUGUAACCGAUGCUUUAGUAAUUACGCUCUUUUAUUUAAAAGGAUCCGCCCAUUUCGAUAUUUUUUUGGAAAAUAUAAUAUAUCAAGGUGUUAUUCGGUCUUGUUCGCAUGAACACAUUGCGAAUGUUGAUUUGGAUGGAGAACGCGAAAAUAUUGUUUCAGUCAAGAAUUUCUUCCCUUUUUGGCUCAAUUUGCUAAAACUAGAUACUCCUAAUAAAUUUAGCCAUGAGGGAAUUUUCUGGGACGACAGCAAAUACAUUUUAACAAAAGUCGUUGAUUAUUUAGUGAAAACUUUAAUAAUGUUAAUUAACAAAUUGAACGUCGCUCUCAAGCUAAAAGACGACGUUAUUCAGUCGGACAUAGAGAUGGCAUAUCAAGUUGAUAAUCCGAAUGACUUUAAUAUAUUUUUGAAUGUAACUGAUUUUUAUCAGGAAAUAUUUCCUAAAAUUCCUGCUGCUCAAUUUCAAUCUUGCAUCUGUGGAUUAGUAAAUCUUAUGGUGAUCAAAUGUUUAAAAUGUCCUUUUGUUAGCGGGUUCUAUAAAUUACUGUCUCUUUCAUUAAAUAUUGCAAACAAAUUGGCAAUAUUUGCAGAAGAUCAUACAGUGUCAGACCAAGAUGUGAUCAACUGCAAAGAAACUCUGUCGAAAUUUUUAUUACAUUUAUUACACAAGAUGAAGCAGUUUAAAGACGAUCUGCUAAUCUCCUGUUUGUAUGUACUGUUAGAAAGUCCAGUAUGUAUUGUAGAAAAUUUGUUGUCGCAAUGUGCAGAUAUAUUUAUAACAGUCUUUGAACUGGGAAAAAGCUAUAUUGCUUUAGCUAAUAUGGGGUUGAGUGCUCUAGAACGCUGGCAGCAAGCUAUGGACAAAGCUGUAUUUGAAGUUUUGCUGUUGCAAGUCAUACCAUACUUGGAUAGCUAUUUACGCAGCAAAUCCAUGGGUGGUCUGGCGCAAGGGAUCCUAGUGGACAAAAGGCGGAAAACAGCGAGGAUGUUGAAAAAGCGAAUAGUUUUAUACGAAUUCGAUCCAGAAUUAGUUGAGUUUCAAACACGAAUUUUACGUUUCGUCGGCAAGCAAAACUCGAAAAUUUGCCAAGCAUUUGUGUCGGCUGAUAGUGGUUGUGCGGCAAAAAUUACCAGCGAUACGCUACACUUAAAAGUGAUGUUACCUUUUAAUGACCUCGUAUUAGAUAUACAUUUGGAACCGUUUGUUAUGAGAGUUAUCGAUAUAUGUUUAAACUCCAGUGAUCGAAAAAACAGAGUCAUGGCAUGCGAACUUCUGCAGGCCUUUGUAGUCAUUUUCUUGGGAAGAGCUAAAGCUCUUCCGGCUACCAGUCAAUCAGACUUAGAUGAACUUCUUAAAAGUAUAGCAAUGCCACUUUUGCAUUUAGCGUGCGAUAUGGAUCAAGUAGUGAGACAGAUUUUCGAACCUCUUUUUAUGCAAAUUAUCCAUUGGUACACUUCGAAAACCCAAAGGCAAGGUCCUCAUUUAGCUGUGAUAAUCGAUGUUCUAAUGGAUGGUGUUACUCAUUCAACCAAUGCAUCUCUUAGAGAUUUUUCGGGCAAAUGUAUCAAUGAAUUUGUGAAAUGGAGCAUUAAGCAAUAUUCUGAUAAUGACUUAAAGAACAACCCGGAAAGCAUCAAAGUUUUGGUUGAUAAAAUGAGAUUUUUCAGCAGACAUCCAGAUUUAGUUAAAAAAAUUGGGGCCGCUUUAAUUUUCAAUAACAUUUAUAAAGAGAUUAGGGAAAAGAGAACUUUGAUUAGUCUUUUUGCUGUGGAAAUCUUACAUCUAUUUGUGAUAAGUUUAGAUCUGCUGGAGCAUUCGAAUGAGGAGGUCGACAGUACAGUUUUCCAAAUUAGGAACUCUAUAAAUCAUUUGAAAAGGAUAUUCAUAGAAAAGUCAAAUCUUUUCCGAGAACUUGAGCAGCCUAAAAGAGAGUCGGAUGCGUCGAAAGACAUACGUAUAAGAGAUUUAGUUGGAGUUUCAAAAUGGUUGCUUUCAAUGACUUCGAGUCGAAGCAAAUAUUGCAGAGAUUCUUGUAUGGAAUUGUUCAUCCACUUGCAACCUCUAAGCGGCACCCAUACAACGUUAUCAGGAUUUAUAGAAGAUAAUGCUACUAAUUUAGUUGCUCAGUAUAUGGAACACCUACAGAGUUCUCCCACUUUAGCAGAUAUCAAUUCGUAUGAUUAUCCGACAAAUUUGCUGAAAUGGUUGCAAGAUCUGCUAUGCUUAGUCGAUGGGUAUAUCUUCAUUUUAACAAAUUCAUCGUACUCCCUUAAUAUCGAUGACAAAUCACAUAUCUUGUCUAUUUUAUAUUUUCUUAAAUAUGUUCAAACGGCUUCGACUGACGAAGCUUUGAAUUUAAUGAAGAAAGGAUUACAAAAACCUUCAUAUACAGCCGAUAACGAGGAGGAAUUUUUGAACUUAAAAGCAUCCUGCUGCUUAGCUAUAUUGAAAUUAGCCAAUUGCAUUUUAAGUGAUGAAAUACUGUGCAAUAAAACCUCUGGUUUCUGGAACCCAUAUUUUUGGAGUCUCAUGUCCAAUGCUAUAUUUAUCCCGUCAUCGUUAGGCUUUGAUGGACGAUUGACUCAACUUCAGUAUAAAGAAGUUUUGCUUCUGCUGUUAAAUAAUAUUCCCAGGAAACUAACAGAGGAACACACAUUUCAGUUCGUAGAGAUUUUGAAGAAAUACACUGCUGACAAUUUUAAUGCAGAUGUUGACUUGAAGCAAGUUAGCUGUGUACAGAGGAAUUUACUUAAAGGUUUUUUGUUGAUUCGAAAGAGCCGUCUCAACCAGUUAUUUAAAGCUGAAGAUUUUUCUGUUGGUCAGAUAGACAAGCUUCUUAGUUACUUCUUAAAGGAAACUUCCCAGGUUUCUGAGACUAACGAAAUAUGUAUAGCUAGAACUUCCGAGGCGACAACAGAAUAUUGUAAGCUGGUCUUCGAAUUCGCAUUAACAGAGCGCCCACAGUUGAGUGCCUUGAUUACGCACUUAUAUAAAAACAUCAUGGUUCGAAACCAAGAGCAUGAUAAUGUGCAGCCAACCAGAUUGGGUUUAUAUUUAUUGCUUGAAUUUUCCGAUCCCAUUGUUAGAGCCUUAGUCGAUGGUUUUGAUUUGUUUUUGGAAAGUUUCGAAUUUACUGAUCUGACCAUUAAGAUCAUUAGCGAAUUGCUAAAAUAUUUGGACAGGAAUAAGCAAACCAAUCCCAAGGAAAGUUUUCAGACAAUGUCUAUGAAAAUUUUGGAAAAUUGGCCACUAUUUCAAGUGUGUUUUGAAAGAUAUGGUAUUGAAGCUGGCCUAGAUUUGGUCAGUGAAAUGUACAGACUAUUUGGGCAUUAUAUGAAUCACAGUUCCACAAUAUCCAACUGGAUUUUGGGAUUGUUUUGUACAGACGCGGCCACAUUGAAUGAAUAUAAAGACCUUCAUUUUUAUUCAAAUGUGUUUAAUGUUUUGGUUAAUGUUGUUAGUGACGAUGAUUUGGAACUGUUAAACCCUACAUUGGAAAAACUGAAGUCGAAGCUACAUUUAGACAAUGUGAAAAAUUCAAUCGUAAUACAGACAUUUUUAUCAACUCUCCCGGAAGUCAAGAGUGCCACAAUAUUUACAUUUUUAAUUGAACUUUACAUCACCUCAACAGCAGCCUCCAAAAAUGAAAUUAAUUUAUCCGAUAUGCUUGAUACUUUUAUGUGGAAGAUUAGCGACCAAUCUCAAAAGGCAGUAUUAAAUAAUAUUUAUUGCUUAGGAUUGGACAUCCAUAAAGCUUUUGAUAUCAAGAAGAAAUUAAUUGACUACGUAGUACCACACAUUUUCAGAAAAUGUAGAUCUAAAGUUUUUGAGGCAUUUUUUGUGGAAAAUAUUAAAGGAAUUACAGAUGAAUUUGAGGAAACUCGCGACUGCAGUAGUAGGCUUUUCUUGUUCUCGCUGCUGGAACUGCUGUUUUUAAGAGUCAACAUUGGUUCAGAAGAGCGAAAGUCUUGUCCUAUUACUAAUGCAUAUGGAAAUAGCAAUCUAAGGAAAGACUUGUUGAAAAUCACAUUGCAGGAAUUUAAGAAUGAUAAAAUAGAAGGAAGUCCAGAACAGUUGAGAAUUCUGAAGUGCGGGGUUUAUAAAGCUUUAGCAUCGAUAAUCACGAAUUCAUUCAACACUAAAGGUUUCUUUGAAAAAUUGUUCGUCAGAGAAGAAAAUAACGAAGACAUUUUAUGGAGUGCACUAAUUGAUUUGAACGUUACCUACAGUUUUCCUGUCGAUUUCGAUAAUUAUCCCAAAAGAAGGAAGAUUUUAAUUAAUAUUAGGAAUGAACUGAGACAACAACAGGAUCAGGACAGUCAGAAAUCAUUUAAAUACAUUGAGUCUCAAAAAUUAUUGAACAGUUCUCUCAGUGAGGACGUAACAAAAUUUGAUUUCACAACUAGUGUGCUCAGAACUCAUUCUAACAUCAAUAGUAAUAGCGAACCUCAAAUAAAUCAAGCAGAAAUUAAUUUGGAAAGUACGGAAGUAAAUUCUAGCGAAGUAAUGGGCACUGUUUGUGGUGUUAUUCGAUAUAUGUUUUCUACCCGUAUUUACCAAAUACCUGAGCAUCCAGAGCAGAAUGUUGAAAUACCGAAUUGGAUGAAGCGUAUUGCCCAGCUUUUAUUAAACCCGAAUACUCAUGCAAAUAUAAAAAUUUUUUGGGUGAAAGUCAUCGACAAUAUGAUUCAUAUUUUUACACAUUUUUCCCGUUUAUUUGUGGAGCCGCUACUACAGUUUUUGAAUGAUAAAAUUGCUGGACACUCUCUUAACUAUUUUGUUAGCGAUAUGAUUGUCAUAUUAGCAUCAUGGACGAGUCUGAACCCACCCAAUGAAAGAGUUGCGAAUAUGGCUUCACAGUUUCUGGAGAAUGUAAUAACCUGUCUUACUAACCAUACGCAAAAUGUGUUUAAGUACAAUUUGGAUCUGGUGAGGCUAAUAGUGGAAAAUUGGAAGGAAUUUAUUCGGGUUCCUUACAAGACCCUGCAAAAUAAGUUGGAAUUUGAUAUAGACAAUAGGGAAAAUGAAGUUGGAGUACAUUUAAGUUCGAUAUUUUUGGUAAACCACAUAUUACCCUGUGCUGUUGAGGAUAUUAACAUUUUUUGGGCAAAAAUGGUGCGAUUGCUUGGCAGUUCAGUAUCGACUAUUUAUAAGCCAUGCUCAGAAACGCUGGGUUUGAUGCUCCAAUACAGCAAGUUGCAAGGGAUAGAUGUAAAACCAUUCUGUGUUGAAAUCAAUAAAACAUUAUUAGGCUUUAAUAUCGAUAAAUAUGCUCAUUGUCUUGAAGGAGUAGCUAUUCAUUUUACUGAAAUAAUAGAUGAAUACCACGUUGAAAAAAUACUGAAUAGAUUGCCGUCAUGCGAUCAGAAUCUUCAAAUAAAAUGUUUGCAGUUAAUUUGCAAAGGCGUAGAUGUUGGUGUGUUAUCCUGCUGCAAAGAUCAGGACUGGACCAUGUAUGUGAACAGCCAAAGAACUGAAGUUCAGUUAAUAACACUGGAAAUUAUUUUAAAGUGCGUUGGUAUUUUAACUGCCACCCUAUCAUUCAAAGAGCUCCUCAAGGCUGUAGGCAAAAAGGUUUCCAGUCCUAAUGUUUUAUGUCGAGCAAGAAUGUACGAUAUAAUGAUCUCUCUAUCACAAACUGAUAUGAAAGAUGACCAAAUUUCUGCGCUUUGCAACGAAAUUUUGGUUCAAGGCCUUAUAGACCCUGACAUUGUAACUAGAGAGAAUAUACGGAAAUUCUGGUCGGAAAAUCCCGCAAUUCCAUUAGACGUAUCCAGCAAAUUCCCUCAUUUAUUGUCGAAUCUUUACUUGCCUACAACGGAAGAACAUUUCUUGGGUCAUGUUUCGUAUUUUCUGCUGGAUUCCAUCAGUUUAGAAGAACAUGAAAAGAUAAUUUUUGAGCAACCUUUGGAAAACUGUACAUUUCAGGAAUAUAAAUUGCAAACGAACUGGAGGAUACCACAUCCAUCUAUGGUGCCAUUGUUUGCUGAAACAAUGCGGACUUAUUCGGAAGAUUCGGAUGGUAUUUCAGGAGACGGUUUUGAACGUUUGAGAGCUACCGAAGAUAAUUUAACGUUUGCUCCAACCCAUCAGACUAUACGAGAACAGAGUAUAUCACAAAUUACAAGUCUUGAAAGUAGUUUGAUUGGAAAACCAAUAGGCCAAUCAAGAUUGAUAAAUCCAAAUAAUGUUCAAUUGUCAGAAGACUAUAAGUUACCCAAGAAGAGGUUUUUAAAAGAUAAGGCAAAAAUAUCAGCAACUUUUGCGAAUAAAGCUAUCUCUCAAAGAAGAGAAAAUACCAAAAAAAGGCAAGACGCGUUAAAAGAAAGAGAUAAUAAAGUUACAAGUUACAGAAGUUACAGAAAAGGGGAUUUUCCGGAUAUACAAAUAAAGCUCGGUUUUUUGUUGAAGCCGUUACAAAUGUUGGUUCUAAGUGAUAGUGAACUGUCGAAAAUGUUUAUUUCAGUUUUGUAUAAGAGUUUAAGAAAAGAAGCCAUAUGUCGAAAUGAGGCUUUUACUAGUUUAAUAGAAAAUAGCAUAACAAAUAUUUUCAAACAAUCGAUUCAAUUCAAUAGUAAUGUAUUCUCCAGUUUGCUGGACAUUUUGUUGCAAAGUCAACCAGAAAUCGCUGUGGAUUCUGCAUUGAUUUCCACCGUAAGCCAACAAAGCUCUUUAAUGUCUGUAGGUGCGUUAUUGAUAGAAGAAUAUUUGAUAAAUGGUGAAGUCUUGCCAGUUCCUUCUAAAAGAGGUAUUAUUAAUGAAAGCGGAGAAAAUACUCAUUGGUUGAAACUUGCUGAACUCUACAGAGAACUCGACGAAUGGGAUAUGGUAAAAGCCAUAUUUAUUGAGAAGACAAACUGCAAGGAAAGUGUGGCCCGUGCCAUUGCAUUGGAAUCGCAAAAUAAGUGGCAGAACGCAGCCGAGGAGUAUAAAACAUUGAUAGAGACCGAUUUAUCCUUAGAGAAACGGGAUUUCUAUUGCGAAUCGCUGUUUAAAUGUCUGGCUAAUUUAGGUAAGUGGGAGCAAAUCCCCCAAGCAGUCGAUUCUCUUGUACCGGAAAGUGACAAAAGCAGUUGGAAUCAGUUAUGGGACACUUUAUGGUUUCGACAAAAAAUAUUGCCUUGGUAUGUCAGUGCUCAGGUAAAAAAUGCGAUUUUUGCAAGUGGCGAUGGUACUAAUCAGUUUAUUCUGGAUGUUAAAACCUCGAUACGUGAUCCACUUCAAUCAUAUCACUUAAGACAAACAUUCUCAGCAGAACUAUGUGUUUUGUCGCUAACUCAAAAUGGGUUUAGUGAAGCUUCGCAAUAUCUAAAAAGUGGUUUGGACGUAUUUUUAAGUGAAUGGCAGUUAUUAAAUCCUAUGUUUAGAAAUCUAAGAUAUAAUAAAAUGUUAAAACUUCAAACGUUAAUUGAGGUGGAUCAGUUCCUUCAGUUUGCAAAAGCUAUUGCAAACGGCCCUGAAGAACCGGUGGCUUUAUUGCAAGAUUAUUGGUUGUCUACACAUAAUGUUUUCCCUUCCAUGAUUUUAAAUGAAGCAGUACUCUUAUAUAGGAAGCUUUUUCUUAAACUACUCGUGGAUAGAUUGCAAAAUUUAAACAAACCGAACCUUGUUAGGCAGUUGAAGAACACUGAACUCACUUUGGUUUCGAAUUUCAUGAAUUUAGCUGCGGAAGACUUCAAUUAUGAAAUGACCCGCAAGUACUUAACGCAAUUCAAAAGCAUAAAUUCUCCUGAAAAACUAACAAUGAUAGAAGGCUCGUUGUACUGGAUGCGUGGGAAACUACACAAAAAUGAUUCCGUUGAGAUUGAACAAGACCUCAGGGCUGCAAUUGCAAAAUUUAAGGAAGUAACAUUUUUGCAUAAAAUUGAGGAUAAAGACGUGAUAACAUCAUUUAUGCGAAUUAUAGAUAUUAAUUUAAAUAUGGCUGCUAUUGGCAGAGAUACUUCAGAUUUCGAAUUCACCUGCGAAAGUCUAAAAGAUAAAAUUCUAUCUGAUGGAAGGAGCGAUUUAGGAUCUAGCGAGAUGGCGAUUAAAUCAAAGGCUCUACUCAAGCUUGCCUAUAUUUUCCACGAUCAAUCAGGAAAUGAAUUAAAUUUUGUUAUGUGUGUGUUAAGAGCUAUGAAGUUUGGCUCCAAGGAGGGAAGACAGCUUUUCCCUUGUAUUCUUUUACAGGAUUGUUUGGAGUCCGAUUUGACGGAAAUGUUUAUAACGGAAACUGAUAAUAUGCCGACUUGGAUGUUUUUAGGGUGGAUUCCACAAUUACUAGCCAAUGUGGAUAGUUCCAAACUCACCGCUAUUUCCAAUAUAAUUUUGAGAAUAGCUCGUACUUAUCCCCAGGCGAUUAUGUAUUCAUACCGAUUAUUUAAAGAAAAUUAUCGCAACUCCUGCCAGCGCUGUGUCGAAGAGAGGAUGCAAUUGAUUGAUGAACUUGAUCUAUUGCUUUUAAGUGAUCCUCUCGUUGAUAAAUUCCUCAAAGCAUUAUCACGGGUGGUAAUACCAUCAAUAGCUUUGAAGUACUUUACAGACAAAAUGCGUUCCGCUCUAAAUAUGCAAGUUAUUAUGCAAUAUAAAGAUUGCAUAUUAGAACUUCUGAACGAAAAUUCAGAUUCUUAUGAUUCAACCAGUUUACAAGGUGAUAUUUACAAACCACUGAAGAAUUUUGGAAAGGACUUUGAAAAGAUAAACGUUCACAAUACAAUAGAGCAAAAUAAAACCACAUUGUGUAAUCUACUUCAACGUAGUAAUCCAAUCAAGCAAUAUAAAUAUGUCCAGUUGAAAGACUAUUGUCCCUGGUUGGCAAAUUUUUCGGCAGGCAGAAAUAGUUUAGAACUAGAAAUACCUGGGCAGUACACCGGUGAAAAAAUGCCACUGAUUCAGCACCAUAUUAAAGUUGCAGGAUUUGGCGAGAAGGUGAUUGUAAUGAAUUCUCUACGCAAACCAAUUAAGAUAACUAUGGUAGGAAUAAAUGGCAAGGAAUACCCUUUUCUCAUAAAAUUUGGAGAAGAUAUCAGAUUAGAUCAACGGAUUCAACAGUUAUUUAUAUUGAUGAACACUAUUUUUGUCAGUGAUAACACAAAUCACCAGCUUCUGACUUAUCAGGUUGUACCAUUAACCUCUCGGAUUGGACUCAUUCAGUGGGUACAAAAUACAACAUCCCUGCAUGAUUUUAUUGUUAGAUCACUUGCAAAUAAGGAAAUGUUAGAACAAAUAACCGGUGCAAUGAAGAAUGCUCUAGGUAACUUAAUGGAUUAUAAUGCCUAUAGGGAAAAGCCAAAGGUUGAACUUAUUCCCUUGUACAGAAGUUGGGCCAAUAUGAUACCUCAAGACGUUUUGAGAAAAUCUGUAUGGUCAAUGAGUCUAACAACUGAAGACUUCAUAGCUUUAAAAAACAAUUUUAUAAAAAGUUACGCAGUAAUUUGCGCUUGUCAUUGGAUUUUGGGAAUUGGAGAUCGCCACUUAGACAACAUUAAAGUGUGUACAAAAACUGGAAAAUUAUUAGGCAUUGAUUUCGGUCAUGCGUUUGGAACCGCGACUCAGCGCUUACCUAUUCCAGAAUUGGUCCCAAUAAGGCUCACGCCUCAUCUAGAAGGGUUGAUGGAACCGUUAAAAGCUAAAGGUCUAUUUAGAGCUGUUAUGAUUGAUUGUUUGAGGCUGUUAAAUAUAAAUCGAAACCAAUUGUUAGCCACGAUGAACGUUUUCAUUCAGGAUCCAUCUGUUGAUUGGCUGGAACAUGCAAAAUAUACCGCGGCAGCGUUGUGCCCGUCUCAAUCAUCCGACAUUGUUCCAAGUGCAAUCUGGAACAUUCAGCAGAAAAUUGAUCAAGCUAAGCGCAAAUUACAAGGUGCCUCUUCGAUGCGCAUAACGGCUGAAGAUUUAAAAUCAUCUAUUCAUUACUCGAGGCCGAACUUCCAAGAUUUUGUUGAAUUUGUAGAGGGUGAUGAAAAUAAUUUGAGAUUCAGAUUACGAAACCAGGAAAGUUUGAGCGUAGAAGAGCAAGUAGAUGUUUUGCUUGAUCACGCGACUGACCCAAAUUUGCUAGGGAGAAUGUACCAGGGAUGGCUUGCUCCUGUGUAAUUCGAUAUCAGCCGUACACAGGCCUCUUAUUCGUUUUGUUUGUGUAUAAUUUUACAUUUUUUUUAUUAUUUUCUGAAUAUCAGCAUUUAAACUGAAGUAAAUAAUUAAUUAUU